CAUGAUUACAUGAUCAUCGCCUUGUCCUCAAUCGACUUGUCCGGUCCCAUCCUUGGCUACCCGUUAGCCAUAUAUUCCAGCUUCACACAUCGUUGGCAGUUUGAAACCUCAGGUUGUGUAUAUUAUGCCUUUAUCGUGUUCUUUUGUGGCUUGAGCAGCAUCGGACUUCUGGUCUCUCUCAGCGUAUUUCGAUACAUCAAAGUGUGCCUUGUCACUUCACCAGGUUUCAAGUUUAGUACCGGCCAAGUAUUCUUUGCGAUUGGAUUCACCUUUCUCUACUCUAUACUGUGGAGCGCGUUGCCACUUGUUGGGUUUGGAAAAUAUGGCCCGGAACUCCACGGGACAUCAUGCUCAGUGGACUGGUUGAGUCGCUCCAAUCAUAUGGUGUCUUACACCAUAUGCCUAGCCAUCUUCACCUUUGGACUGCCAGUAGCCUUAAUUUUUUACUGUUACAUCAAUAUUGUUCUCACCACGAUGAAAACAAGGCGCAAUGCAGAUAAUCCAUUGCCCACACUUGCGGACUCGCACUUGACUAAGAAAAAAAAAAUAGAGAUAUAUUUCCAGGUUGUCGUGUUAAUGUGUACAGGAUUUCUGAUUGCCUGGACGCCUUAUGCAGUGGUUAGCUUCUGGGCAGUGUUUGGGGACGCCUUGUCCAUUCCGUACAUUGUCAGUGCCCUGCCUGCUCUGCUGGCUAAGGCCAGCCAUGCUUACAACCCCAUCAUAUACUGCGCCAUGAACAGGAAGUUUCAACGAAUGCUGUUUGAAAACUGGAACGCUAGAAGAGCAUCAAGGCAGCAGACCUUCGCUAAUCAGACCCAAGGACCAAGAAUCGUCCCCCUUUGUGCAGAGACUUCAACGGUCAUGCACGCCAUAUCACAACAGGGAGAAACCUCAGCUUGGGAUGGAGAACUACGCACACUCAGGCCCGUCAGUAGUCCCAUCAGAUUGCCAGGUGGACCUAACAACGCCAUCGAGCUGCAACAAUAUGCAUGGGAAAAACCGGUGCAGCCAAAGAUGAUCCCUCGUUCUGCAACUGUUUCAUUGUAA